AUGCCUAACAUUGUGCUGUUCAGUGGUAGCUCACACCAAGACCUGUCCCAGAAAGUGGCAGACAGACUGGGGCUGGAGCUGGGCAAGGUGGUCACUAAGAAAUUCAGUAACCUGGAGACCAGUGUAGAAAUUGGCAAAAGUGUGAGAGGGAAAGACGUCUACAUCAUCCAGAGUGGCUGUGGGGAAAUUAAUGAUAACUUGAUGGAACUUCUCCUUAUGAUGAAUGCCUGCAAAAUUUCAUCCUCAUCCAGAGUGACUGCAGUGAUUCCGUGUUUUCCAUAUGCCCGACAAGACAAAAAAGACAAGAGUCAUGUUCCCAUUUCUGCAAAACUUGUGGCUAACAUGCUUACCGCAGCUGGGGCUGAUCAUAUCAUUACAAUGGAUCUCCAUGCUUCUCAGAUACAGGGUUUUUUUGAUAUUCCAGUGGAUAACUUGUAUGCAGAACCUGUUGUCUUGCAAUGGAUUCAAGAAAAUAUUACAGAAUGGAGGAAUUGUAUCAUUGUGUCCCCGGAUGCUGGUGGAGCCAAAAGAGUGACAUCAAUUGCUAACAGACUGAAUGUAGAAUUCGCUUUGAUUCACAAAGAAAGAAAGAAGGCAAACGAGGUCGACAGGAUGCUUUUGGUUGGCGAUGUGAGGGAUCGCGUAGCCAUCCUUGUGGAUGACACGGCUGAUACAUGUGGCACGAUAUGCCAUGCCGCAGAUAAGUUACUUUCUGUGGGAGCCACCAAAGUUUAUGCCAUUCUGACUCAUGGAAUCUUCUCUGGACCAGCUAUUGCCAGGAUUAAUAAUGCUGCAUUUGAGGCAGUGGUAGUCACAAAUACAAUUCCACAAGAGGACAAAAUGAAACGGUGCUCUAAAAUCCAGGUUAUUGACAUUUCAAUGAUACUGGCUGAAGCAAUACGGAGAACACACAAUGGUGAAUCUGUGACUUGCCUGUUCAGUCAUGUUCCAUUAUAA